CCUGUGCAAACAAAAAGUCAAGAAAAGAAGUUUCAAGUGCAGCGAUGUCGGCGAUGUGUAUGUUUAGCUUUUACGUCCGUAGCUGUUUCAAUGCAUAAACCAUUCGUUGCCAUCUGAGACAUGGAUACAGGGGAGAAAAAGGCCCUCCAUGAAUCCCUAAAACAAUAUGAGCAGCAACUUGAAGCGGUCGAACUUGCUCUGGCGUCUAGCGCUAGUGAAUCUCAGGCUGCUGACUUGCUGGAAUUAAAACAUAACUUGGAAGAAGUCAUUAGCCUUACCCAAGCAACGCUGCGUGGUGCGGUGGACGAAGACUCGACGACAAAUCAGAAACAAGUUAACGAUGACAUCGACGAAGAGUUUGCAAGGUUUCAGGCAGAGAUGGCAAGUCUUGGUGCUUCAUCAGGACCCCAAGAUCCAGCAGUCACUGCUGCCGAGGACCAUUCUAAAGAGCUUGCAGAACUUGUGGACCAUCUAGAAGGCUCUAAUGUGAAGGCACCAUUUUCCAAAGACUGGGGACAAAUGUCAUACCACAGUGCUGUUGUUCUCUCAGUCAAUGCUUCUGACAUCACUCAUGUUGAUGACAUCAAAGUGAAUGUUAUGUUCACCCACCCUACUGUAUCAGCCAUGAAGCCGUGUUCGUUCUUCCUUGAAGGUCGCUGCAAGUUUAGCGAGGAACGAUGUCGCUUCUCUCAUGGCCAUGCUGUUGCACUGUCCGAGCUGCGUGAAUAUUCUGAGCCCAGCUUCAGCACUUUGAAACCUGGCUCACCAUGUCUUGUGAAGAGUGACAAAGAUGGCCUCUGGCAACUGGCUGCCUUGGAGUCCAUUGGAGAACGGCAAGAUGAGGUCGCGGUCCGUCUUUCUCAUUCUGGGAAAACAGUGUCCAUUGCAGUUGAGGACGUCUUUCCUUUGGAAGACAAUGGAGCAGUGGAAAGCUCAGAUUCUGAUAGUGACUCUCAGCCAGCCUCUGAUGCUGUGCCACUUACCGGUGGCUGCGAAGAUGAUCAGGAGGGUGUGCCUGUUGUUGCCUGGUCUCCAAGCACGGCAUCAGGUUUGCCUCUUGGAGCUUGGGAGAAGCACACAAAGGGUAUUGGUUCCAAACUGAUGGAGAAAAUGGGCUAUGUUUGGGGGCAAGGACUUGGCAUUAGGGGCAAUGGUAGAACUGAACCAGUUGAGGCUGUUGUGCUACCUGCUGGAAAGUCACUUGACAAAUGCAUGGAACUGAAGGAACUGGGCAUGACGCAGGAUUCUGCCAAAGUACAAAGAAAGAUGCUGCUUAAAAUGAAGAGAGAGGAAGAGAAGAUUGAAAGGCGGUAUCACAAAGCAGCAAAAUCUGAAUCAGUGUUUGACUUUUUAAAUUGUCAGAUAUUUUCAAAAAAAGAUUCUAAGAAUGCUGGUGAGCGGUAUAACACCAAGAAUGAAAAGAAUAACAGUCAGGAUUUGAAAUCAGUUUCAAUGAGGGGCCUAGGUAUUGAGGCACUGCAAGUGACAGAAGCGAUAAAAAGAGCAGAACGGGAAAUUGUGAGACUGGGACAUUCUUCUGCCCGGAAUAAAGACAGAGACAAAGUUAUGCAUGCACAGAUGGAAAAGAAGAUAGAAGAGCAAAGGCAGUUGAUUUGUCAGUUGCAGUCUAAGGAGAGGUCUAUUGCUGCUGAGCAGCAGCAUCGGAAAGGAAAUGACAAGUUGAGAAUAUUCUGAUAGAAACA